UUGCUACGUCGCACGAUAUAUAAAACUCGCACGAAAUGGGAAUUCGAUAGGUUAAUUUCGCACCGAUAUGGGAAAGUUGCUUUAAAACACAGUCUCCCAUAAAAAUCUCUCCCAGCGCAAAUCCGAUCUCGCGAAAUACGUACCGAUUUUCGCUAGGGCUUUACGACGAGGAAUUAAAGAAGAUGGCGGAACGGAAAACACGUGGACAGGAUCGAUCUCGCGAAGAAAGAGCAACGAUACGAUCCUAUACUGGGAUAAUUACCGUUCUCCUCGAGGGGGGCGAAUUUGUCGCGGCAGAGCAGCACCAGAGGUAGCCAGCAGCGCGCGUAGAACGCCCCGGCCGAGAUCAGCAGAACAAGCACCAACACGCCCACCAGGAACGAUCUCCGCCAGGAUCCGUUUUGUAGACCAAGCGCGAACUGUGGCUCUGCAAAAGCAAACGUCCGCUUUAUUUCCCUACCAUCGACGGAAAAGUGGAGGACAGAGUUUCUUCUCCUCUCGAUCGUUCGAAUUUCGCUUAAUUGGCUGGAAUU